CUUGUGCAAACUUGUUUCCUGUACAUGGUCACUGUCAGCGUUAAUGUUUCACCUCUCAGACUGACUUCAGAUCCGAAGAUGAUUGACUGUGUGGAGGAAGAGGAGGACAGAGCAGAGUCUCUAGUCUCUGGCUGUCUGUCUAUGAAGAGUGACUGGUCCAUAGGGGAUCAACCGAACUUCAGUAACGACCCUCGACCCUCAGACACAAAAGUUCAGUCCAGACAGAGAGCAGAGUCUCCAGUACCCAGCUGUCUGUCUAUGAAGAGUGACCGGUCCAUGUGGAAUCACCCGAACUUCAGUAACGACCCUCGACCCUCAGACACAAAAGUUCAGUCCAGACAGAGAGCAGAGUCUCCAGUACCCAGCUGUCUGUCUAUGAAGAGUGACCGGUCAUUCAUAUGGAUUCCUCCGAACUUCAGUAAUGAACCUGGACCCUCAGACACAAAGAGGAGGAGUGAUGUCUCUGUGGAGGACCAGCUGUCCUGCUGUGCUGUGUACUUGGACCAGUCUGCUUCAUCAGGAGACUCCUCCUGUCCCCAGUGUGGACAAAGAUCCAGAACCAGAGCUGGACUGCAGCCAGCCGGUCAGACCAGCACUGUACAAACAGAUAGAGGUCUGCAGGAGGUUGUAGAUGAACAUAAGAUCAGUCUGAGGAGGAGAUGUGAAUGUGUGACUGAAGGAACUGAUGAAACAGGAAGUGGAACCCUCCUCAACAGGAUCUACACUGAGCUCUACAUCACAGAGGGACAGAGUGAAGAGGUUAAUACCCAACAUGAGGUGAGGCAGCUUGAGACAGCUUCCAAGAAGAAGACCCUCCAUGACGCUCCAAUCAAGUGCCAGGACAUCUUUAAAGCCUUACCUGACCAACAGGGACACAUCAGAGUCGUUCUGACGAACGGCGUCGCUGGCGUUGGAAAAACCUUCUCAGUGCAGAAGUUCACUCUGGACUGGGCAGAGGGCUUGGAGAACCAAGAUGUCAGUCUGGUGGUUCUGCUCUCGUUCAGGGAGCUGAACUUGAUCAGAGAUGAGCAGUACAGUCUUCUCAUGCUGCUCCAUGUUUUCCAUCCAACAUUACAGAAGGUCACAGCAGAGAAGCUCGCUGUCUGUAAAGUUCUGUUCAUCUUUGACGGCCUGGAUGAAAGCAGACUUUCACUGGAUUUCAAGAACAGUGAGGUUGUGUCUGAUGUCACCCAGAAGUCAUCAGUCAACGUGCUGUUGACAAACCUCAUCCAGGGGAAUCUGCUUCCCUCAGCUCUCGUCUGGAUAACUUCCCGACCUGCAGCAGCCAAUCAGAUCCCUCCUGCAUGUGUUGACAGGGUAACAGAAGUACGAGGCUUCACUGACGCCCAGAAGGAGGAGUACUUCAGGAGGAGAGUCAGUGAUGAAGAGCUGUCCAGCAGAAUCAUCUCACACAUCAAGACAUCCAGGAGCCUCCACAUCAUGUGUCUAAUCCCAGUCUUCUGCUGGAUCACUGCUACAGUUCUGGACCACAUGUUGACUACAGACCAGAGAGGAGAGCUGCCCAAGACCCUGACUGACAUGUACUCACACUUCCUGUUGGUUCAGACAAAGAGGAAGAAGCAGAAGUAUGGUGAGGGACGUGAGACGAGUCCACAGGAGCUGACGGAGGCUGACGGGGAAGUUCUUCUGAAGCUGGGGAGGCUGGCGUUUGAACAUCUGGAGAAAGGAAACAUCAUGUUCUACCAAGAAGACCUGGAGCGGUGUGGUCUGGAUGUCACAGAGGCCUCGGUGUACUCAGGAGUUUGUACAGAGAUCUUCAAAAGAGAGUGUGUGAUCUUCCAGAAAACAGUCUACUGCUUUGUUCACCUGAGCAUUCAGGAGUUUCUGGCUGCAGUCUACAUGUUCCACUGUUACACAAACAGCAACACAGAGGUACUGAAGGACUUCCUGGGAGAAGAAUAUGUUCAUUCAACCCUGGAUGACUUCCUGAUGAGAGCCAUGGAGAAAUCCCUGAGGAGUAAAAAUGGCCACCUGGACCUGUUUGUUCGCUUCCUUCAUGGCCUCUCUCUGGAGUCCAACCAGAGACUCUUAGGAGGUCUGCUUGGUCGGACAGACAACAGUCCAGAAAUCAUCCAGAGAGCCAUCAACAACCUGAAGAAGAUGAACAUGUAUGAUACCAAAACCUCUCCUGACAGAAGCAUCAACAUCUUCCACUGUCUGACGGAGAUGAACGACCACUCGGUACAUCAGGACAUCCAAGAGUUCCUGAAGUCAGAGAACAGAUCAGAGAAGAAACUCUCUGAGAUCCACUGCUCAGCUCUGGCCUACAUGCUGCAGAUGUCAGAGGAGGUUCUGGAUGAGUUGGACCUGAAGAAGUACAACACAUCAGUGGAGGGACGACGGAGACUGAUUCCAGCUGUGAGGAACUGCAGAAAAGCUGUACUUUAUGGCUGUAGACUCUCAGAUACUCACUGUGAAGUUGUGGCCUCAGCUCUGAAGUCCAACCCCUCCCAUCUGAGAGAGCUGGACCUGAGUGACAACUACAACCUGUAUGAUUCAGGAGUGAAACCGCUUUCUGCUGGACUGAAGAGUCCAAACUGUAGACUGGAGACUCUGAGAUUGAGGAACUGCAGUUUGUCAGAGAUCAGCUGUGCUUCUCUGGCCUCAGCUCUGAAGUCCAACCCCUCCCAUCUGAGAGAGCUGGAUCUGAGAGGCAACGGCCUGAAGGAAUCAGACGUGAAGCUGCUGUCUGAUCUUGUGAAGAGUCCACACUGUAGACUGGAGACUCUGAGAUUGAGGAGCUGCAGUUUGUCAGAGAUCAGCUGUGCUUCUCUGGCCUCAGCUCUGAAGUCCAACCCCUCCCAUCUGAGAGAGCUGGAUCUGAGAUACAACAACCUGAAGGAAUCAGACGUGAAGCAGCUGUCUGAUCUUGUGGAGAGUCCACACUGUAGACUGGAGACUCUGAGAUUGAGGAACUGCAGUUUGUCAGAGAUCAGCUGUGCUUCUCUGGCCUCAGCUCUGAAGUCCAACCCCUCCCAUCUGAGAGAGCUGGUGCUGAGUGACAACGACCUGGAGGAUUCAGGAGUGAAGCUGCUUUCUGCUGGACUCGAGGGUCCAAACUGUAGACUGGAGACUCUGAGAUUGUAUGGCUGCAGGUUGUCAGAGAUCAGCUGUGCUUCUCUGGCCUCAGCUCUGAAGUCCAACCCCUCCCAUCUGAGAGAGCUGGAGCUGAGAUACAACCGCCUGAAGGAAUCAGAUGUGAAGCAGCUGUCUGAUCUUGUGGAGAGUCCACACUGUAGACUGGAGACUCUGAGUAAAGACGAGAAGGACUACAGAGCUGCCAGACCCAAAGAAUGGGACUCAGAUGUCAAACUGAAUGUGGAAGAAAACCUACCGGAGGACGACAAAAAGGCUCCAACAUCCUUCUCACCUGAGCAGACAGCUGAAUCUUCAUACAGCUUCAGGUGUCCUGGUCCAGGUGUGUUCCAGUGUGCUUUGACUGGACUGGUGUUCGUCAUGGCUCAGGAGGCGGAGCUACUGUACAGGACCGUCCAAUGGGAUGAGAGCUCCCUCCAAUCAGCUGGCAAAAUGGCUGCAGGGCCGCUGUUCAACAUCAAGUGUUCUGAGGAUGCUGCUCUCCGUCAGCUCCACCUCCAACACUGUGACACAAAGGAAGCAUUGCUCUGUGAUGGCCUGUUGUCUGUCGCUCACAUCUCUGAUGAUGGAAUGAGCAUCUUGGAGCCGCUGGAGAUUACAGACACUCAUGUGGUUGUGAAGAUCUCUCACCUCUCUGCCUUUGGCCUGAUCUGGGAUACGAUUCGGAACCUCAUAUGGCCGAUAAAUGGCCAAGUCCUGCUGUUUCUCCAACCUCCCAAGAUAAGCCAUCAAGUACUUCAUGUCUUUCUGCUGAACAGCAACGUCGAUGUAACCAAGGUUGAGGCCAGACAAAGAGGUGCUACGUACAUCCCGAACACUGCCGACUGUCUUCUCAACUUUGGUCAAAGUUACAGUGUCCACUGUGAACCUGGGAGCUUCAGAAUACAACCUGAUCGUGCACCAUACCGCUCAAAUUAUGGACCAAAUUACCAUCCGACAUUUAAAGUUACCCUGACUACGAUCCCAGACGAAGUGACUUUGAUGGUCCGGAAUCCAGAGAGGACAGAAGACGUCUGGAGAUGUGAUCUGCUUCAAGGAGAUCUAACAAUGGAAAUCCCUCAGAGGAACGUCCCAGCAGAGGACAGCAUCCCAGCAGAGGACAGCGUCCCAGCAGAGGACAACGUCUCACCAGAGGAGAGGCUGCGGUUGGUUCGAACAAAGUUUGUAAACGGGAUGUCUGAUCCUAAUCUGAACAAGCUUCUGGAUGAACUCCUUCAACGUCGCGUUAUAAGCGAUGGUGAAAUGCAAUCAAUCGGAACAAAAACCAAGAGAGAUAAAGCACGAGACCUGAUCGACACGGUGCGACUAAAGGGAACUGAAGCCAGCAAAGUUCUGAUCGCUGCUCUCCGUAAGGAUGAUCCGUGGGUUUUCAGAUCUUAGGCUGAAGCAAAAGCAAGAAGCUGUGGAGUGUGAUGAUGAAUCUCUAUAAUAUCUGGCUGUUUCAGAGACUCACAUCACUUAUUGUUGUCUUUAAAUGAUAAAUUCCGUCGUGGAAGCCUGUGUGGACUUUCACUCUGAAGGUGAUUCACUGAAGUUUGGGGGAAAAGUGAAUUAAUUUUCAAUCUCUUGUGGUUUGGUCUCAAGAUUUUAUAAUCAUUUACUUGUGAUAAUUACUGAUGUGUUGUCGGUGAUGAAGACCUGCGAUAGAGAGCUUGUGACAUUUCUAUAUGUUUUGGGACUGCCUUCUUAUUGCUAAUCUUUGGAAAUGAUUAAUUUAGUUUUCAUUAGGGCUGUCUAAGUUAACGUGAUAAUAACGUGCUAAUGCAAAUUUGUUUUAAUGCCACUAAUUUCUUUAACGCAACUUGCGAUUAUUAGGUUGCUGCAUCUCAGUGUUAAAGCUAGAGUG